AUGCGGACCUUCCACCUGACCUGGUUCGCCUUUUUCCUGGCCUUCUUCGGGUGGUUCGGCAUUGCACCCAUGAUGGCCCUGGUGCGCGACGACCUGGGCCUUACCAAGACCCAGAUCGGCAACACGAUCAUCGCUUCAGUGGCGAUCACCAUAUUGGCUCGGCUGCUCAUCGGCUGGCUGUGCGACCGCAUUGGCCCCCGCCUGGCCUACUCGGGGCUGCUGGUGCUGGGUUCCAUUCCGGUGAUGUGUAUCGGCCUGGCCCAGAACUAUGAGACUUUCCUGCUGUUCCGGCUGGCAAUUGGCGUAAUCGGCGCCUCCUUCGUCAUCACCCAAUACCAUACCUCGGUAAUGUUCGCGCCCAACGUGGUGGGCACGGCCAACGCCACCACCGCCGGUUGGGGCAACAUGGGCGGCGGCGUAACCCAGAUGGUAAUGCCCCUGCUCCUGACCCUGGUGCUGAUGCUGGGCGUGGGUGAGACCUUUGGAUGGCGGGUGGCGAUGGUGAUUCCCGGCGUAGGACUCUUUUUCACCGGAUUCGCUUACUACUUCCUGACCCAGGAUUGUCCGGAGGGAAACUACCGGCAGAUGCGGGCCGCCGGAAAAAUGGCACCCACUUCAGUGACGAACGGGUCCUUCAUGGAUGCCGCUAAAGACUACCGGGUCUGGGCUUUGUUCGUCAUUUACGGAGCAUGCUUCGGAAUCGAACUGACCAUUAACAAUAUUGCGGCUCUGUACUAUUACGACCGGUUCGAACUGAACCUGGCAACCGCCGGCCUGAUUGCCGGCCUGUUCGGCCUGAUGAACAUCUUCGCCCGGACGCUGGGCGGCUUCUUCGGCGACAAAUUCGGCAUCAGGUUCGGGUUGAAGGGCCGGGUGAUGUUCAUGGGCGGUGUCCUGCUGAUGGAAGGGCUGUCCCUGGUGCUCUUCUCGCAGAUGGCUACCCUGUUCCUGGCCGUGGGAGCCAUGAUCAUCUUCAGCCUUUUCGUCCAGAUGACGGAGGGAGCGACCUUUUCGGUGGUGCCCUUUAUUAACCGCAAGGCCCUGGGUUCGGUGGCCGGCAUCGUGGGCGCCGGUGGCAAUGCCGGCGCGGUGGCGGCGGGCUUCCUUUUCCGGGUGGAAAGCCUUACCUUCGCCGACGCCCUGAUGCUAAUCGGGAUAGCGGUGGUGGCAAUUGCCCCGCUGGUGUUCCUGGUACGCUUCUCGCCGCAAACUGAGGAGGAGGAGAGGCGUGCUAUGCAGGGAGCCUUGGCCCGGCGCAUGGCCCUGGCUGAGGAGGGGACGCCAGCGGCGGCAGACUAG